AUGAUCACACUCUUUGUGGCUCUUUACUCUCUGCUUUGUCUCUGCACAACUGGAAACACUUCUGACAUCAAGGAGCUUCAUGUGAAAACAGUAAAGCGUGGAGAAGCUGUAACUAUGGAGUGUAACAUUAGUGGGGUUAAGGACAAAAAGAAUUUAGCUUGGUACAGACAGAGUUCUGAAAAAGUGCCUCAGUUUUUGGCAAAACCGUACAGUAACAAUCUGGGGUAUGAUUUUGUUGAGGGAUUUAAUGAUAGCCGCUACAGUGUUACUGUCAAUAAGCAAAAGUUUGAUCUCAACAUUAAUGAAAUAAGAGAAGAUGAUGGAGGAGAAUAUUUCUGUGGAUAUGUGGAUGGAAAUAUACUAAAGUUCACAUCUGGAACACGUCUGCAGUUUGAAGGUGAAGAGAUGAAACCCUGUCCUACACCUGGAACACUUAACAAGAACACACACUCUGUUACACACCAGGGUUCAAACAGCAGAGAUGGAGAAGGUUCCAGCUGUACUGAUCAGAUGUGUGUGCUGUUUUGGCUCUCUGUGUCUAGAGUUGGAGUUCUUGUCUUCAUUGUUUUACCACUGAUUGUUUUUGUUUUUAGGUUAAGAUUAAAAUAGAAAUUAAAAUAUAAACGGCAUAAAUGUGGAUUUAAAGAGAAAACAAAAUGUGUUAGAUUAGAGCAAUUUACAGGAACAAGGAAAAACAACAACC